UUGGUGUCGGGUCACAAGAAAUUGCACGCAACUAUCUGCUGCAACGCACAGUUGCAUGGGAGAAGCUCUGAGCGGAGAUCCUCAUUAUGGGGCCAAUGGUGUGAGGAGGCAACACAUCCCCGCUGUCUACGGAGCUCCUCACUAUGUGGAUCCCUUUGAGCCUCCUCUUUGUCGGAUGUUGGACGGCUGGGCCGAGGGGAAUGGUUACAGGACAAUCCUACCCAAAGCCUUCAGUCUCUGUGAGCCCAGAGGUAGUCACCCUGGGGGGAAAGGUCACUGUCCGCUGCAGCACUACAAUGUAUCCAGGUGCAAAGUUCUUUCUGCAAAGGAGCGACUCAUAUGUGAUGCUGACUCCCAACACAACAAAGAAGUAUGAGGCCGAAUUUAUCAUUUCCAACAUCCAAAUUUCAGAUGCAGGGAUCUACUACUGUUGGUAUGGUUUUCAGGAUAGCUCUGCGACUUGGUAUUCACAUGCUAGUGAUGCUGUACACAUCAACGUAACAGAUCCCGGCAUGCCCGAGCCCUCCAUCAAGGUGAAUCCGAGAGGCCCGUAUGACGUUGGCUCAAACAUCACUAUUGUAUGUGAGGGGCAAGGAACUGGUCUGAGCUUCUUCCUGCGUAAAGUAGAUACCAGGGAAAUAUUACAGGUAGAAGCACGACCUACAGCCAAAGCUAUUUUUCGGUUCUCCCUGGUGAAGAUGAAGGAUGUUGGAAGGUACAUCUGCCAGUAUCACCACAAAAGCAGGCCUUUUGUUUGGUCAAUGCAAAGUGACCCCAUGGAGCUCGUUUUGAAAGAUCCCAGCCUCUCCAAACCCUCCAUCACGGUGAGGCCUAAGGUUCGGAAUCACAAAGGUGAGACUGUCACCCUUGAGUGCGAAGGGCCUGAGGACACCGUGAAUUUCUCCUUGCUUAAAUCGAAGCGCCUCACAGCGCUACAGGAGAUGAAGGAAAAGUAUAAAAGAGCAAACUUCUCUUUGCCGGCACUGAGACCAGAGGAUGCCGGGCGCUACGCUUGUCAAUAUUGUCAUACAACAAAUCCCUUUGUUUGUUCAGAGCUGAGUGAUCCUGUACGAGUUACAUUGAUAGACAAUUCUAUGACCACCAUCAUAUGGGCGAGUGGUGCAGCAGGACUUCUCUUGGCGCUCUUCCUGCUGAUGCUUGUCUUGCUAUUAUGCAAAAAAAGGAAAAAGCGCUCUACAGUCAAUGAAGGAAUUCAGCCAAUGAACAGGCUCCUAGAACAAAACGCUGGAACAGACCACAGUGACAGAGAAGACCAUGAUGGAGUCACUUACGCUGUAUUGAGCCAGCAUUCGGUGAAAAUCAAGAAGCCACCUAGUCAACCCACAGGCCCCGAGUCUUGCAUCUAUGCAUCAGUGGCCAAAUAAAGAACCAGAAAGGUCUAAGAUAGGCAAGGCUGUUUGAAGAUGGUGUCGUUUGGGGAUUCUGAGAUAGCUUUAUUAACCACCAUGUGUGUUCAAUACUGGUCCAUGCGUACAAAGCCCUUUCAUAACCCAAAGCCCACCUAAUCAUGGAUAUUACUAUGUAACCUCACAAAAAACACACAUAAGCAAUAACUUGUGGAUACAGCUGACAUCCUCAAGGUGCUAAUUUAACCACAUCUUGGCAAUUGGAGUAGUUCAAGAGAUCUUACACUAUUAACUUAGGGCUGCAAGACAUGGUAGAUUCCUUUAUUUCUGACUUUUGUAGCACAUAGUACAAGCUAGAUUUUUUUUUGAACCAUCGAUCAUUUUAAGUAAGAUGAUUGAAGAACAGUUUGAUUUCUGUUUGGUUGCUGUGUGGUUUCCGGGCUGUAUGGCCGUGUUCUAGCAGCAUUCUCUCCUGACAUUUCGCCUGCAUCUGUGGCUGGC